AUGACUGCCCUGAGCAUCGAUGCCAAGAUUCCCGAGACCAGCACAUCUCUACCCAUUGAUGAGCCACAGCCUCUCAAGAAGCGAAUAUGGUAUCGCACGACCCUCUUCAAUGCCUUCGUCAUCGGAGGCGUUGGCUUCAUGGCACCUGGUCUAUGGAAUGCCAUGAAUGCCCUCGGAGCCGGAGGAGCACAAUCGCCUUUCCUGGUCAACGCUGCCAACUCUUUGGUAUUCAGCCUCAUGGGAUUCCUAUGUCUUUUCGGAGGACCGAUUUCGAACCGGAUCGGCCUUUCCUGGACGCUACUCCUCGGCGCAGUAGGCUAUCCAAUCUACUCGGCAGGUCUUUAUUGCAACAAUAGAUAUGGCACUGUCUGGCUUGUCCUUGUCGGAGCAACGACUUGUGGUCUCUCAGCAGGUCUCUUCUGGGCCAGUGAAGGUGCCGUUGCUCUGGGAUAUCCUGAACCGGGGAAACGAGGUCUGUACAUGAAUAUCUGGCUCUGGUUCCGAACAGGUGGACCUCUUAUGGGCGGCGCUAUCGUCCUGGGAUUGAACCACGACGCCAAUGCUGCGAAGAAAGGCAAAGUCGGGUACCAAACGUAUCUCGUCUUCAUCGCACUGCAGUGCGUGUCCGUACCACUCGCACUAGCGCUUAGCCCUCCCGAGAAGGUCCAGCGUGCUGAUGGCAGUAAAGUCAUCGUUCGGUCGGAAUCCAGCUUCAAAGCAGAAUUCAAGAAGCUGUGGCAGGCCAGCACGAGGAAAGACAUCCUACUUCUGCUCCCAAUAUUCUGGGCCGCAUACUUCAACCAAUACACCGGAAAUUUCCAAACAUAUUACUUCGGCGUCAGAGCCCGAGCACUCAUGGGUUUCUGCAGCUACCUCGCCGGCCUCCUUUCGUCUCAAAUAAUCAGCACACUCCUCGACUACAAGGCCUUUGCUAUCAAGAAAAGAAUCGUUCUCGCCUUCUACUACGUCAUCACCCUCCACAUCAUCGCAUGGACAUACGCCUGGAUCGUGCAGGAGCAAUACACCAGCAUGAGAGAAGCACCCGUAUAUGACUGGGCGGACCAAGGGUUCGUCAAAGGCUUUUUCGUCGUCGCGCUCUGGCAGUUCUCGCAGCAAGCUCUUCAGAAUUUCAUGUAUUACUUGCUUGCCACGAAGACGGAUAAUAUCUCGGAUUUGGCCAGGUUCUCGGGCAUUCUCCGUGGACAGGAGAGUUUUGCGCAGGCUGUGUCGUAUGGGAUUAAUUCGAGGAAUUGGAAAGGUGGACGUGUGCCGUUGGCGGUGAAUACGAUCCUUCUUGGUUUGGCGGUUUUUCCUACGUGGAUUGUUGUGAGAAGUCAUGUCCCUGUCGAGGCGCCUAAGGAAGAACCUAUUGAGGUCGUGGAGGUAUCUGGCAGAUCUGACGCUGAGUGA